GUUUUUUCGACUUACUGGGGAUCACCCAAGAUGGUCAGCGGAGUCAACUCACAAUCUAAUUUCGAAACUAUCUGAACCUGAACCCUUGCCCUUCUGCACUGCACUUGAAAUGCAAAUAUCAAAAUGGAACACUCUAGUCAGGCGAUUCGAAAACAUGGGAAGUGUGCGUUUUAGAGUAUUUAAAUAACCGACAACUUCAGUUCAGAUUUUGAAGACUAAACUACUAUCCAAUGAUAGCUAGGGAUUUUGAAAUAUCUUGUGGUAUAAUUUUUAUUAUACCCCUAGAUGGGAUUAUUAUUACGGUUCCUAAGUUACACCUUUAAAAGUAAGCCAUUUGUGGGCACCCAAUGUUGAAUUUGAUCGUUUCCGCACUCUGCGUUGGCCUUUAAUUGUUCAUUUCGGUUUUUUGGUGAGACGGAACUGGUUUUUGUCGCAACAUUGUGAAGGCUAAUCUUUCCUCCAAUCGAUAAAAUUCCCAUUCAGAGAAAUCGUUAAUAGUUCAUUAGUUGGUUGCCGAAAUGUGCGAGCUAUGAGCUAUUUCCGUAGGAUCCCCCGCCUUGGGGCGUUGGGUGAGGCGGAAACCCCUCUUCGGAUCAAAUAGUCAUUACUUCUAAUUGCAUCUACGGCCAUUACCCAAUUCAAUGGGAUGGUGACAGUGGCGUUUUGCAUAUUCUAAUUGAGGAACUAAUGGUGGAGAUCGUCUGGAAGGGUUUGGCAUCUGGUAUUUCUGAUGAUUGCCGGAAUCGUGAUCAGUCAUUCACCGGGCUUCCAUAAAGAUCCCCUCAUCGGGCAGCCUUGGGCGAGCUCGGGUCUCUUUUAUACUCCAUUUGUUUGUCGGGGGAAUUAGCACCCAGCCUCAAAUAGCUCAAUUUGCGGAAAUCGUUCUUCGUCGGUGGCGUGGCUGGCUUCGGAGUCACCGCCGGAGCCCACAGAUUCUGGACCCAUCGCAGCUACAAGGCCAACACCGUACUGCGCUCCAUCCUGAUGGUCUGCUACUGCGUGGCCGGACAGAACACCCUGUACGACUGGGUGCGGGACCACCGAGUCCACCACAAAUAUUCUGAGACCGAUGCAGAUCCCCACAACGCCAACCGGGGAUUCUUUUUCUCCCACGUGGGCUGGCUGAUGAUGCUGAAGCACCCGGAGGUGCUGCGUCGCGGUCGCCAGAUCGACAUGAGCGACAUCCUGGCGGACCCCGUGGUGCGCUUCCACCAGAAGUACUUCAUCCCCCUGAAGACCUUCUUCUGCUUCAUCUUGCCCACCGUGAUCCCCGUCUACUGCUGGGGCGAGUCCUGGACCCUGGCCUUCGUGCAGCAGUGCCUCUUCCGCUACGUGAGCAGCCUGAACUUCACCUGGUCCGUGAACAGCGCCGCCCACCUCUGGGGAUCCCGCCCCUACGACAAGCGGAUCAUGCCCAGCGAGAACAUCUACGUGUCCCUGCUGGCCAUGGGCGAGGGAUGGCACAACUACCACCACGUCUUCCCCUGGGACUACAAGGCAGCGGAGCUGGGCAACUACACCGUGAACUUCACCACCAUGGUGCUGGACGCCUUCCACAAGCUGGGCUGGGCCUGGAACAUGAAGCAGCCCUCCAAGGAGCUGGUGCGCCGCACCCUGGAGAAGUACGGCGACGGCACCCACGCCUCCCAGGCGGGCGGUCCCGAGGAGUUCAAGGACGGAGUGGCGGCCGGGGCCACCAUGGUGGGCCACGUGCACUACGCCGAGGUGCCCGACCCCGAUCUGGAGUACGAUGCCGAGUCCAGCAGCACGGAGAGUGCCAAGCUGGACGAGAACGAGAACGAGGGCGAGCGGAUGAAGAAGUCCAAGUCCAAGGCGGCCAACUAGGGAGCUCGGUGGUCGGGACACGGGAUACGGGAUACUGGCGUCCAGUCAUCCCCAGGCGUCCAGAGAUCGAGAUGGGCUCGCGGAUCGCUGAUGAUGGGUUGGGAUCGUCACUUAAUCUUGCGUCUGUGCGAGGGCGGGACGUAGUCGAUAAUCGUUUUUUAAAUUAAACCCUAUUCUAUUUUAUCAUUAUCUAUAUAUCCUCACACCAGAUCAACACACCUGCACCGCAACGGUUAACACUCACACGAAUCAAAAGAAACACCCGCAUCCACUCAUUUUCGUAUCUUCAUUUGUGUAGGUUUAGGUAUUUAGCAGAUAGCACGGUACGACAUAAGUUAUAAGUCACACACAAACAUUUACGUAUAAACGACAACAACUUCAAGAUAUGCUCUCCGUCCGAGACAAAUAAAAUGAAAGUAAAUAUUUACAAAUAAAAACAAAUUAAAAAUUUAAAGAGAA